AUGCCUCUUGCAGCCUUUACGGGCGCGUGUGAGCAACGGCGGCAAGGAGCAGGUGGUGGUGCGGGCGCUGUGAGGAGCGGCCGAGGUGUACGGUCUGGUCCGGUGGGACGUGCAGCACCCGAUCAAAGUCAAGACAUCAUUUCUUCUGCUCAUUGCAUCUUGGACAGAGAAAAUUACUUCGUGAAGGAAGUGGACAGGUAUUUGAGGCACAAUGAUUUCUUAAAUCUGAGAAGGAAGGAGAUGCUGUACAAGAAAUGGCUUCAGGAGGUUUCAGAGCCACUGCUGCAGAAAAUUGAGGACAAAAUGGACAGCCAGUCCAGCGAAGAAAUACGGAAAAGGAAAGAAGAACAACUCUCUCUCUAUUUAAACUACUGUAAAAAGAAGGGCUAUGUGGCUUUGGAAGCUUAUGACCCAUCAGAGUACGACCCGUUCUUCCUGAAGAUGUGUACAGACUGCUGGAAGGUUUCAAUACCAACUUUACAGGAUCCUCUGUUAAAAGGCAUUCAAAGAAAGUUUACUGAGACAUGCAUUAUCAAGCAGUGUGAGACAGGAAGACCAUUCUCCACCAGAGAGCUGAACAAACUCCGUAAAGCAGAACUGCCACGGCUUCCUUUGAGCCGGCAACGUAUGGAUGCGGUUGAGUGGCUGAAGAUACCGCAUGCCUACAUGGCUAGUGAGGCCCACCGAACGAGGAGGCAGAAAGUCAUCAGCCACCACGAAGAUGGCAAGAGCCGCUGGGGUCACCUGUCCUCCGGCUGA